CGGCGGGAGGAGGCGACGAGCCCAGGCCAGGCGGACACGUGGCAGCAGCAGCGGCAGCGGCAUCUCCUGCACGCACCGGGCUCCGCUCCCCGAGACUCCCGAUCCAGUGCUCACCACCGCCGCCAACAUGGGGAAGGGGGUCGGACGCGACAAAUAUGAGCCUGCAGCCGUUUCAGAGCAAGGCAACAAAAAGAAGCAGAAGAAGGAUAGGGAUAUGGAUGAAUUGAAGAAAGAAGUGUCUAUGGAUGACCAUAAACUCAGCCUGGAUGAACUUCACCGCAAAUAUGGAACAGAUUUGACCAGAGGCUUAUCCACUGCUCGAGCUGCUGAAAUUCUGGCCCGCGAUGGUCCCAACGCCCUCACCCCCCCUCCCACCACUCCUGAGUGGAUCAAAUUCUGCAGGCAGCUGUUUGGGGGCUUCUCCAUGCUGCUGUGGAUCGGGGCGAUUCUUUGUUUCUUAGCUUACAGCAUCCAAGCUGCCACAGAAGAGGAACCUCAAAAUGAUAAUCUGUAUCUUGGUGUGGUGCUUUCAGCUGUUGUCAUCAUCACUGGAUGCUUCUCGUACUACCAAGAAGCUAAAAGCUCAAAGAUCAUGGAAUCCUUCAAGAACAUGGUCCCUCAGCAAGCACUUGUAAUCCGAAACGGUGAGAAAAUGAGCAUCAAUGCUGAAGAAGUGGUUGUUGGGGAUCUGGUGGAAGUGAAAGGCGGCGACCGAAUCCCCGCGGAUCUGCGAAUCAUCUCAGCCAACGGCUGCAAGGUGGAUAACUCCUCCCUCACCGGUGAAUCAGAGCCCCAGACCAGGUCUCCGGAUUUCACCCAUGAAAAUCCCCUGGAGACCAGGAACAUUGCCUUCUUUUCAACUAACUGUGUUGAAGGCACGGCUCGUGGUAUUGUGGUCUAUACUGGGGAUCGCACUGUGAUGGGGAGGAUCGCUACCCUGGCCUCUGGCCUGGAGGGGGGCCAGACUCCCAUUGCUGCCGAAAUCGAGCAUUUCAUUCAUCUCAUCACCGGCGUGGCCGUGUUUCUGGGGGUGUCUUUCUUCAUCCUCUCUCUGAUCCUGGAGUACACCUGGCUCGAAGCUGUCAUCUUCCUCAUCGGUAUCAUUGUCGCCAACGUGCCCGAAGGGUUGCUGGCCACUGUCACGGUGUGCCUGACGCUCACUGCCAAACGCAUGGCUCGGAAAAACUGCUUGGUGAAGAACUUGGAAGCUGUGGAGACUCUGGGAUCCACCUCUACCAUCUGCUCCGAUAAAACUGGAACUCUCACUCAGAACCGAAUGACCGUCGCCCACAUGUGGUUUGACAACCAGAUCCACGAAGCUGACACGACAGAGAACCAGAGCGGUGUCUCCUUCGACAAGACUUCUGUUACCUGGAUGGCUCUGUCCAGAAUCGCAGGUCUUUGCAACCGGGCGGUAUUUCAGGCAAACCAGGAAAAUCUCCCUAUUCUGAAGCGUGCUGUCGCCGGAGAUGCCUCCGAAUCUGCACUCCUGAAGUGCAUCGAGGUUUGCUGUGGCUCUGUGAAGGAGAUGCGGGAAAGAUAUGCCAAGAUCGUGGAGAUCCCCUUCAAUUCCACCAACAAGUACCAGUUGUCCAUUCACAAGAACCCCAACACAAACGAGCCCCGGCAUCUGCUGGUGAUGAAAGGUGCCCCAGAAAGGAUCCUGGACCGCUGUAGUUCCAUCCUUCUGCACGGCAAAGAGCAGCCCCUGGAUGAAGAGCUCAAGGACGCCUUCCAGAAUGCCUACCUGGAACUGGGUGGCCUCGGGGAGAGAGUGCUAGGUUUCUGUCACCUCCUGCUGCCCGAUGAGCAAUUUCCCGAAGGGUUCCAGUUCGACACAGAUGACGUGAAUUUCCCCGUUGACAAUCUCUGCUUCGUUGGCCUCAUCUCCAUGAUCGACCCUCCUCGGGCAGCUGUCCCUGAUGCUGUGGGCAAAUGCCGAAGUGCUGGAAUCAAGGUCAUCAUGGUCACUGGAGAUCAUCCCAUCACAGCCAAAGCCAUUGCCAAAGGUGUGGGCAUCAUCUCAGAGGGCAAUGAGACUGUGGAAGACAUUGCUGCUCGCCUCAAUAUCCCCGUGAGCCAGGUGAACCCCAGAGAUGCCAAGGCCUGUGUGGUACAUGGAAGUGACCUGAAGGACAUGACCUCAGAGCAGCUGGACGACAUUUUGAAGUACCAUACAGAGAUUGUGUUUGCCAGGACCUCUCCUCAGCAGAAGCUUAUCAUUGUGGAAGGUUGCCAAAGGCAGGGUGCCAUCGUGGCUGUCACUGGGGAUGGUGUCAAUGACUCUCCAGCCCUGAAGAAAGCAGACAUCGGAGUUGCUAUGGGAAUCGCCGGCUCGGAUGUGUCCAAGCAAGCUGCUGACAUGAUUCUUCUGGAUGACAACUUUGCCUCCAUUGUGACUGGAGUAGAGGAAGGUCGUCUGAUCUUUGAUAACUUGAAGAAAUCCAUCGCCUACACCCUGACCAGUAACAUUCCAGAAAUCACCCCCUUCCUGAUAUUUAUUAUUGCAAACAUUCCACUACCACUGGGAACUGUCACCAUCCUUUGCAUCGAUCUGGGCACAGACAUGGUUCCCGCCAUCUCCCUAGCUUACGAGCAAGCUGAGAGCGACAUCAUGAAGAGGCAGCCCAGGAACCCUAAAACAGAUAAGCUUGUGAAUGAGCGGCUGAUCAGCAUGGCCUAUGGUCAGAUUGGCAUGAUCCAGGCCCUGGGUGGCUUCUUCACGUACUUCGUGAUUCUGGCAGAGAAUGGCUUCCUCCCCCUCCACUUGCUGGGGAUCCGUGUGGAUUGGGACGACCGCUGGAUCAAUGAUGUGGAGGAUAGUUAUGGACAGCAGUGGACCUAUGAACAGAGGAAGAUCGUGGAGUUCACUUGCCACACGGCCUUCUUUGUCAGCAUUGUGGUGGUGCAGUGGGCUGAUUUGGUCAUCUGUAAGACCAGGAGGAACUCAGUGUUCCAGCAGGGCAUGAAGAACAAGAUUCUGAUCUUCGGCCUCUUCGAAGAGACGGCUCUUGCUGCUUUCCUUUCAUAUUGCCCUGGAAUGGGGGUGGCCCUGAGAAUGUACCCCCUCAAACCUACCUGGUGGUUCUGUGCCUUCCCCUACUCCCUCCUCAUCUUCGUGUAUGACGAAGUCAGAAAGUUGAUCAUCAGAAGGCGCCCUGGAGGCUGGGUGGAGAAGGAGACCUACUACUAGAACCCUAGUCCUGCACGUUAAAGAAGCAACCACGCCACACUCUGCACCCCUCCCACGCCCUCUUUGUGUACUUCCGUCUUCGAGUUCAGAACCCUACGCCGGUAGGAAAGCACCGAAGCAUGUGGGAGCCAGAUGUCCCGGAAUGAAGCAUGUAGCUAUACGGGGGGUGGGGGGGAGGGCUGCCUGAAAAACCAUCGUCAGGGGGAAUGACAUCAGGAAAGGAUUUUAUGUGCCUUUUUGUUUUUGUAAAAAAGGGUUACCUUGAAUGACAGAAAGAGAAUACAUUUUAUAUCUGGAUUUUUACAAAUAAAGAUGGCCAAGAUCAUGGA